GCAUGUUCUCUGUAUAAUUGUUGACUCGAUCAUUUUCGAGCUUUUGACGUUUUAUCAAGAUUACUGCUAAAGAUUUUCAAAAGUUUACAUUAGUUUCCUUGGUAUAACAUGUUAGAACGUUCAGUCAUACUGAGUCGAGUAGCCAGUUAUGCCUGCGGGACACAAAAACUAGUCAUCAGUAUUUUAGCAAGUUAAAACAACCAGAUGAGUAUGUAAUCGUUUUCAUCAUCCUCACAGUUAGGUCGGUCAGCUCAGUCAUUUGGUGGUGUUGGAAUACACCCGUUAAACUGUUUACUCAACAAAUAUUUCCAAGAUUCUAGGAAACCCGUUAGACUUAUAGAAACCACCUAUUACCCUUAAGCACUAAUGUUUCUACUCAUUGAUAUUUAGUGUAUUUUUCCUAAUGAGUAUAUCAAUCCUAAUAUAUGUGUCUGGUUUAUAGUACAAUUGUCCAAAGUUUCCAUCAAAAUCUAGAUCUACGAACUACGGUUACAGAAAUUUAAGACGAAAAUUUCCCAAUUAUAAGAACGAAUUCAGUCGCAAAUAACCCUGAAUGCUUUCUAGAGUCGGGUAGGACCACCCAGUGAAUAGUUGUUAUGGUUUAAAACUUCAUGAUUUUUAUUGUAAAAUGAUUGCAUCAGUCAGUCAGUCAUCAACUACGUAGAACUUCAUACGUACGUACAUCAGUUCAAGUUGCCAUACCACAUUAGCACAGAGAUACAAUUGUCGAUUCAAAUCCCAUAGUGGUAGAUGUAGUAAAUUAUAAGCAGUAAUCAGAAAGGUUAGGGUUUGAAGAUGAUAUUCAAGGGGUGUAAUCCAGUGAAAUAAAUUAGGAAGCAGAAAAAGGGACAUGAAGAAUUCAGGAGAUUAGAAUUUGGGCGAAUACAAAGAGUGGAAAAAUGAUUGCAUAGAAUACUAAUCAGCUGCCAAAGUGGAUCAAUAAAAUGUAUCUGAUUGAUGACUGCUCUCAAUCCCAAAUUAUUGAUCCAAACUGCCAAAUGAACUGACAUCAGAAGACAAGGCAGCUACAUAAAAAUAGGCUUAUUAUUUAACAUAGUAACAUGCUUACAUACAAAUUACUAGCAAAAAAAUAAAUAUUAUUUAAUAUCACAAACAGUUGCAGAAUAUAAAAACUUUUAUUCGUUCAAUAAAUUAAGACUUAACCGUCAGUCAGUGUUGACAUAAUUUGUGAAUUUCUAGAAACAUGAACUCUUUCGAUAAUCCUGGGGAAGGUGAUCAAAACAAUCCUCGACAGGGUGAAAUCGAGCAGAAAAAACUCGAUAUUGCAUGUUACAAACAUAGCUUGGAGCUAAACCGUAUUGCCCUUAGCAAGACCAUUUGGGAUAUACGUAAUUAUUGUUUCACUAACGCUCAAAAUGACCCCUUGCUCUGUCCCCCAAGAGACAAUCCAUAUAAAUCCCAACGAUCAUGUACAGUUAUUUAGGUUUUUUACAGUUGCUUUCUUUUUAUAUAUAUUUGCUUCCCUGAUUAUAACCUACUUAAAAUGCUUUUAAUUAUUUCACGCUAUGGAAAUAGUGAUUUCACUAACUUAUUUGCGAACAUCUGAUUGGUACUGAUAUUGUUGUUGAAGCCAAUGUCUAUGGAAAAAUGUCAAAAUAUAACUAUAUUGCAUAAGUUUUGUUUCUCAA